GUGCCAAUACCAAUGCAAUCAGAAACCGGAAAAGCUGAUGCGUGGUCGCUAUGGAAGGCCCACGUGUGUCUGCAUUCGCUAUAUAUCAGCAUGAAACUAAGCAGCAGAACGUUGUCCCAAAGAAGAAGAAAAAUGUCACCUUAAAGUUGUCACAAAAGCAUAAGCUACUGAAAAAGAAAAGGAAGCUUUUAAACUCUGAAAGAGACUUGGUGUUGCACAGCAAUACUAAAACAACUUCUCACAAUGGACUACUAAAAGAAGAUUCACAGACCUUACUGAAAAAAGGGAAACUCCCAAGCAAAAAGGCCAAAAAAGUCUGCACCAUAAUAAAAAAUGUCACACUUGAGACACCGAACAAAACACCGAACAAAACGACGUUAGACAAUAGAAUGAAGCAGCAUGUUGGCCCUCCACUACAGACUGUGCUAAAAGAUCUAAGCAAGAUUCAGAACAGCAAAGACCGAGCUUUCAAACUUUUUGAGUGGCUUAUUGCUCCAAUCUCCCGAGAUGACUUUUUCAGGGACAUUUGGGAGAAAAAACCCGCACUCAUCCGUCGGCACAAUAGCAGUUACUACAAUGGGCUGUUUUCCACUUCUGAAUUUGACAGGAUUCUAAGAGAAGAUCGUGUUGAGUUUGGUGUCAACUUGGACGUCACCAGCUAUACCAAUGGAAAGCGUGCGACUCACAACCCUCCAGGCAGAGCCUUACCACUGAUUGUAUGGGACUACUACAGAAAUGGCUGCUCUCUGAGGCUGUUAAAUCCACAGACAUUUUCUUCUACUGUGUGGAAUGUUUUGUCGAUUCUGCAAGAGCUUUUCGGAACCAUGGUUGGAGCAAACACCUACCUGACUCCUGCAGGCACUCAAGGAUUUGCACCACAUUACGAUGAUAUUGAGGCCUUUGUUGUUCAGCUGGAAGGGAAAAAACACUGGAGAGUUUAUAAUCCAAGGAAUAAUGCUGAGUGGCUCCCACAAUUUUCAAGCGCCAAUUUUACUGAUCAAGAUAUCGGUAAACCAGUUCUGGAGACCAUACUUGAAGCUGGAGAUCUUUUGUAUUUCCCCAGAGGUUUUAUUCAUCAGGGAGAUUGUUUGCCUGAUGCACAUUCUCUGCAUAUAACGAUUUCUUCAUAUCAGCGGAAUUGCUGGGGAGAUCUUCUGGCAAAGGUUCUGCCAGUAGCUCUGCGGGUUGCUAGUGAGGAAGACUUGGAAUUUCGGAAGGGGCUGCCGCUGGAUUACCUGGAAUUCAUGGGUGUACAGAAUGCUGAUGAGGAUGACCCGCGCAGAGGUCCGUUUAUUCAGAAAGUUCAGGCGUUGGUGAAAAAAUUAUCUGUGUAUGCUCCAAUUGAUGCAGCUGUUGAUCAAAAGGCGAAGGAGUUCUUGCAUGACUGCCUUCCUCCUGUGCUUAUGCCAGCUGAGAAAUCUCACAGUGUUGUUGGAGCUCCAGUAGCAUGGGAGAAUGGACAAGUAAAAGAUAACACUAUGCAGCUUGAAAAAGGCACAAAAAUAAGGCUUCUACGUAGUGGAAUUAUAAGAUUGUGCAGUGAAGGCGAAGACUGUAUGCUCUAUUACUCAACCGAUAACUCCAGAAUAUACCACAAGGAGGAGCCAAAGUGCAUGGAAAUCGAGCUGGAGCAUGUGAGCGCAGUAGAAUAUCUCAUCCACUCUUAUCCCAAAUAUGUGAAUGUUGAAGAUCUUCCUUGUACGAGCUUUGAAGACCAGCUUUCAGUGGCCAAUAUCCUGUUUGAAAAAGGUUUACUGACUACCAAGGAGCGUUUAGUGCCUUCAUGAGAUUUCUAUGAAAAAAGACUGAUCAAAAGAACUUUUAAAGCAAAAGAACCCCCAUCCACAGAAUAAGCAUCAUACGGAAGUCAAUAAGAAGCGUUGAUCUAUAGGAUAAGCAUUGUACUUAAGUCUUAUAUGGUUUUACGCUCAGUAUUUUUCCAGCGGCACUACGGCUCCUGGGCUCUUGUGACCUACGCAUCAUGGAAGCAGAAACGUCUGCAGGGAAAGCUGUACUAAGGACAUCACUGGUCUGUGCCAUGCUUGAUGCUAACCAGGCUUCAGCCUUUUUCCCUCUGUGCCUGCUUAAUAAAGACAGUGAAAUUUUAUAAUUUAUCAGGUUUUUUCCCCCUGACCUUUAUAAUGUUUUGUAAACAAAGUGAUAUUUACUUUAUUGUACAGAUACAGCACAUUUGUUAUUGCAUUUUUGCUGUUUAUAAAGAUCUGUAUUAAACAUACAGAUCACUAUGCAUUUCAAGGAAUUCAUUUAGCAGAAUGUAUUUAAAGUCUGCCAACUGUUUGUAUAUACAAAUAUCCAUGAUGCAGCCUUAUUAGCUAUUUAUACGUGUUCAAGAAUGAAACAACGUAGUGGUUUAAUAAGGUCCAAUUAUUUGUCUUUAAUUAAACAGACAUUAAACUCAAAUUGUAAGCUUACAGAAAAUAGUUAAUUAAGAAAAAUAAAGCUUUGCAAUAUACA